GGAACAUCUAAAGGUGGAAUGUGCGGCUAAGUUGAUGUUGACGUGAAUUUGAAAACAUGGAGGCAUCUAAUGACAAAGAAGAGGAAGUUCUUUGCUCUGAAACAACUUUAUGCAAGGGCAAGAGGAAACAACAGAAAGAAGAACCCAGACCAACCUGUCUGUCCUUUAAGAGCAGCCACUCAAAAGAUGCCUUUAUUCGUUUUAAUCUUGACCAACCUUCAGAUGCAAAAAGACUUGACCAGAACUCUGACGUUGGUCAACCUCCCCCUGAGCAUCAAAUGCAGCUGGGCUCCAUAUUUAUGGAACUGGAGAAAAAGAUUGUGAUGUUUGUGAAGGAUGAGCUAAAGGAAAUCCAAAAGGUCUUGUGUUCAGAUUACCCCGAAUGUUCUGAGGGUCUGGAAGAGGAUGAGAGGGUGUCUGGAAAUAAGGAUGAAAAGCAGAGCAGCAGCAGCAGGAGCAGUAGAGAGGCAUUUUUAAAGAUCACUGUUGACUUCUUGAGAAUGAUGAAUCUGGAUGACCUUGCUGACCUUCUGCAGAGCAAGUCAUUCAUCACAUGUCAACAAACACUAAAGUCUAACCUGAAGAAGAAGCUCCAGUUUGUGUUUGAAGGAAUUGCUAAAUCAGGAAAUCAAACCUUUCUAAAUCAGAUUUACACAGAGCUCUACAUCACAGAAGGAGACUCUGGAGAUGUCAAUAAGGAACAUGAGGUCAGACAGAUUGAAUCAGUGUCCUGGAAACCAGACAGACCAGAAACAACAAUUAGACAUGAAGACAUAUUUAAACCCUCACCUGAUAGAGAUGAACCAAUCAGAGCAGUGAUGACAAAGGGCGUGGCUGGCAUUGGGAAAACAGUCCUGACACAGAAGUUCACUCUGGACUGGGCAGAAGACCAAGCCAACCAGGACAUCCAGUUCACAUUUCCAUUCACAUUCAGAGAGUUGAAUCUGUUAAAAGACCAGCAGUUCAGCUUAGUGGAGCUUGUUCACCAUUUUUUUAGUGAAACCAAAGGAAUCUCCAGAUUUGAAGAGUUAAAGGUUGUGUUCAUCUUUGAUGGUUUGGAUGAGAGUCGACUUCCACUGGACUUCCACAACAAUGAGAUCUUGACAGAUGUAAGAAAGUCCACCUCAGUAGAUGUUCUUCUGACAAACCUCAUCAGCGGGAACCUGCUUCCAAAAGCUCACCUCUGGAUAACCACACGACCUGCAGCAGCCAGUCGAUUCCCUCCUGAGUUUGUUGGCAUGAUGACAGAGAUCAGAGGAUUCACUGACCCACAGAAAGAUGAGUACUUCAUCAAAAGAUUUAAAUAUAAGGAGGAGGCCAGAAUGGUAAUCUCCCAUAUAAAGAAAUCAAGAACCCUCCACAUCAUGUGCCACAUCCCAAUCUUCUGCUGGAUCACUGCUAAAGUUGUGGAAGACAUGUUGAACAAAAAUGAUGGAGAAGAACUGCCAAAGACCCUGACUGAGAUGUACAUUCACUUUAUGGUGGUGCAGAACAAACUGAAGGGCAUCAAGUAUGAUGGAGGAGCUGAGACAGAUUCACACUGGAGUCCUGAGAGCCGAAAGAUGAUCGAGUCUCUGGGAAAACUGGCUUAUGAUCAGUUGAUGAAAAGAAACCUGAUCUUCUAUGAAUCAGACCUGACAGAGUGUGGCAUCGAUAUCAGAGCAGCAUCAGUGUGCUCAGGAGUGUUCACACAGAUCUUCAGAGAAGAGAGAGGGCUGUACCAGACCAAGUUGUUCUGCUUUGUCCACCUGAGUGUUCAGGAGUUUCUGGCUGCUCUUCAUGUUCACCUGACCUUCAUAAAAUCUGGAGUCAAUCUCCUGGUAAAAGGUGAAACAAAAUCCAAGGAAUUGGAAAAAAGAAGGCAUGAAUCUCUAGAGACAGACAUUUAUAAGAAUGCUGUGGACAUGGCCCUAGAGAGUCCAGAUGGACACCUGGACUUGUUCCUCCGCUUUCUACUUGGUCUUUCACUUAAUACCAAUAGGCGUCACUUAGGAGGUCUUGUAAAACAGACAGAAGAAAGCUUGAGGGCUAAUAAAGACACAGCCCAGUACAUCAGAGAGAAGAUAAAUAAUCAUCUGUGUGAUGAGAAAAGCAUCAAUCUGCUCCACUGCCUGAAUGAACUAAAUGAUCAGUCUCUGGUGGAGGAAAUCCAACAAUCUUUAAAUACAGGAAGUCUUUCAGCACACCAGCUGUCUCCUGCUCAGUGGUCAGCUCUGCACUUCAUCCUACUUUCAUCAGAAAAAGGUCUGGAGACAUUUGACAUGAAGAAAUACUCUGCUUCAGAGAAUGCUUUACUGGGGCUGCUGCCAAUGGUCAAAAUCAUUAGCAAAGUUAUACUGAGUGGGUGUAACCUCUCAGAGAGAAGCUGUGAAGCUCUGUCCUCAUUGCUCAGCUCAACAUCCUCUAGUCUCAGAGAUCUGGACCUGAGUAACAAUGACCUGACAGAUUCAGGAGUGAAGCUGCUGUGCAAUGGACUGAUGAGUCCCAACUGUGAACUCAAAAUUCUGAGGCUUUCCGGCUGCCUGAUCACAGACGAAGGAUGUGCUGCUCUGGCCUCAGCUCUGACUAUGAACCCGUCUCACCUGAAGGAGCUGGACCUGAGUUUCAAUUAUCCUAGAGAGGCAGGAAUGGAGAGUCUAGCAGCUAUAAUGAAGAAUCCAAGCUUCAGGCUGGAGUCUCUCAACAUGGAGCCUGGAGGAGAAAGAUGGUUGACACCAGGUCUGAGGAAGUAUUCCUGUCCACUAACAGUCGACCUAAACACUGUAAGCAGAUUCCUCAGACUGUCUGACAAAAACAGGAAGGUGACAUUUGUGGAGAACGAGGAGCAGCCGUAUGAUGAUCAUCCAGACAGAUUUGAUCUCAAUCAGCUGCUGUGUACUGAUGGUCUGACUGGUCGCAGUUACUGGGAGGUUGAGUGGGGUGGGAAAGUCUAUGUAUCACUGAGUUACAGGGGAAUCAAUAGAAAAGGAGUCAAUAACGAUUCCUGGUUUGGAUUGAAUGAUAACUCCUGGGGUCUAGUCUGCUCUGAUGAUGGUUACACUGUUUGGCACAAUGGAAAAAAAGCUUUCAUCCCCUUCUCUUCCUACUCCUCGUCUCCCUCUGGCAGAGUAGCGGUGUAUGUGGACUGUCCUGCUGGGACUCUGUCCUUGUACAGAGUCUCUUCAGACACACUGAUCCACAUCUACACUGCCAACACCAAAUUCACUGAACCUCUUUAUCCUGGAUUUGGAUUUGAGUACAAGACAGGUUCUUGGAUGUCUUUGUGUUCACUUUAAGCUCCCAAGUUGUAGUGAUUGUCAUCAUUCAUCUUGACUAAACUAUCACAAUAAAUAUAACAUAUUUUUCCAGUGUCUUCAGACACACUGAUCACCAUCUACACCUUCAACACCAAAUUCACUAAAACACUUUAUCCUGGAUUUUCGUGCAGGAAUCGUUGUAGGGGGUCUUGGUUCUUGUUUUAGUGUAAUCUUUUCUAAGUUAGAACAAAUCUAACUUUACAUGUGUUUCAUCUAAUAUAUGGUUUUAGACUAACAUUCUUUGUAAAAAUUUGUUCAAACAGCUUAAAUAAUCAUAAAGUGCUUCACAAUAGAUACUACAGUCUGCAGGAACUCCAGCACCACCCUGUUGCAUUGUUGAUGCGCUCAAGUCUGUCCUGAACCUGUCCACUAGAUGGUGCAUUUGGCGAAUCUUCCAAAUCACCUUCAUUUCAGUUCAGCACAAGCCCAGCAGCAAGUCUUAAAGGUUUUGCUGAAAUUUGACUUUCCAGACUAGGGGUCAUUGUCACUUCCUAUUUUGUGGCGCAGGAUUGGUGGGGACUUCCUGUAGGGUUCAGAACAUGUCUUGUGUGUUUGUCAAGAUUUAGAGGAUAUAGUUUCAAUCUUAUGUUGGAGGAGCCAUCCAAUAAUCUUCUUUUUUUUCUGAGUGGGCGGGGCUUACGUGAUGUCAUUAAACUACCACACCAAUAUGUGAAGCAGAACCCCCUGAUGAUGCACAAAAAAUCUGGUGCAGAUCAGAUGAUGUAUCAUGGAGAUAUAACUGUUGGAAUAAUUUAGGGGAGUCAAAUUUCAAUAUAAACCUUUUGGCCUUUGAAGAGGUUAACAAAAGUCAUUUUUUUGGUACAAAUUGGAUGAUGCAUGUGUGAUUUAGAGCCAACUGUAUGUAAACUUCAAGGGAUUAGAAUUCGUCAUUCUAUCACAGAAACAUGCUGCAGCCACCAGCCGUUGCUGAGAGAAGGAUUCAGCAUCAUGUUGUUCUGUCAUUGGACUCGGGUCUAAAUUAGUAUGAAUCAAACAGCAAAAUUACGACCACCAGCAGGAAAACAGGUGAUCUCCUGUUCAAAGGGGCGGGGCUAAGGUGAUGUCACAUAUUGACCAUGUGAAUGUGAUCAACGCUGGUCUGUUAUGACACAUAGAAAGUCUGAAGCAGCUGUGAGUUUGUGUGUGGAAGUGAUUCCAUCUUGAGAUUUAAGUUUCUUAAGAAUUUCACAGACUGUUGCAUAAUGGAAUUACCUAAUGUAACUUGUAUUAUAUACUGAAGUCUUUUUAUAACUGGGUGGUCCUAAGAGUGACAGACAUACUGUAUGCCUACAAUCCUUUUGCCAAAAAACUGAAAUUAAUAUUUAAAAACUUUUAUCAUGUCUUUUACUGUAACUACUAAAUAACAAAAUAUUGCAAUCAAAAAUUGAAUAUGUGUCACCUAUCCCUCCUUCUAUGUACUGGAUGUAGUUUUUGCAUUUGCUCACUUGAUUACAUUUUGGCAUACUAUCAAUAAUAAAGACAAAGACAUUGAUGUCA